AUGCCUGCCGUUAGCCAUGAAGAUGACGUGUCGAUGGGGAUAUGGCAAAGUCUGUCAUCACGGUCUGACAAUGAGUUCGGGAAGGCAGACUUCCAGCCGUUGCGCAUAUCACGAUCAUGGUCGUCGUGGCAGAUGGCUGCGCGCGAUGCGGUGUGGUCGGUGAUGCCCAAUGGCAGGUCCAGAAGCUCAUUGGACUUGAGCCACAUCUCAAGGAGCGUCAACAAGUUUCUCGAGUGUCUUGCUCUUGAUGAUGACUGUGCCGUGGCAUCCGAUCCAGAUGCAGUAGAUGUAAAUGGUCACACCGUUGUCAAUGGUUGGGCCACGUCGAUUGCAGCUGAAGAUCUCGCCCGAGAGCUUCUCGUCGAGCCUACUCAGGCUCAUGAUCACUGUGGAAAGCGGAAGGAACUCCAUGCGGAUUCUCCGCAACUGCAGGAAGAUAUGGCCGACGAGGGCGUCACCAUGGCGGACGUGCGAAAGGCCGAAAUUAAAGAUUUCAUGGAUAAUCUGGCCAAGGCCAAGGCCGAGAGGGAGCGUGAUUUUGCCAACUUCCGCAAGGAGGAGGAGGAGGUUGGUGGUAAUUAUGCACGGCCAGCUAGUCCUGGAGACUCGCCCAAGAGCAUUCGCGAUGGCUCCCAGUAA